AUAUCCAACUCUCAGUUGAAGUGUCACUAGCCAUCCAGCUGUACGUCCGGCUGUCUGCGUUUUAUUGGUAUAGACACACAUCGCGACCAGCUUCCAAUCAAUCACGUACCACGCAAUCUAUCUCACUUACGUUGUACACGCAGCGUAGAUUUGAGCCGAUAGGUCAUAAAGAACAAGAAGGAAAACAUCACCAUGAAAACGAUUUUAGUUUGCUACUCAAUUUGCGUCUUGGUUACCCUGUUUAGCAGCAUCAACGCUAACCAGAUUCAGGAUGCUGGACUAAGGAAUCAGGUGAACAAGACGCCGUCGAUGUUCGUACGUCGUGGUGGAUCCGAAUGGAUGGAACACUCGAGAAUGGCGGCCAAGAAAGACAAGAGCUUGAACCUGUCGUCGGUUGUGGACAAGAUUACCAACUACAUAUCGAGUUACGCAUCAAGCACGGCUAGCUGGAUCACGUAUCCUUAUUAUGGCAUUUCCACCGGAGUAGUGUCCAUGAUCGUCCUCUUUGUCGUCAUCUACAUCCUCAUCGUCGUGAGUGGAUCUGUGGUGACUACAACGGGCAAGAGCUUGGCCGAUCGUAUGGGCGUGGAUCCGGAAGAGCUGGAUCGACUUACUGGCGUCAUCACAACAGCCUUCAGUCAAAUGACGGAUAAACUAAGCAGACACGGCAGAUCAGCCGAUUUGCAGCCCAAGGAUCAGGAAACUGCCCGUUUUAAAGUGACCGGAAGUGGUGGUCCGAGCUGGAGCGCAUCCGUUACGCAGUACGACAGUGUCAGCGAUUACAUUUCUGCCAACUUGUACGACAAGCUUAUCUGGUUGUCUAAACCUUUCGCUGGCUACAUUCUAUCGAUGGGGACCGUCAUACUCUACAUGGUUGUCAUCGUCAUCAUUGCAAUGACAAGUGGCAUCUUUCCGAUAAGUACCCUUGGACGACAGUUGCACGAUUCCCGACUAGAAUUAAAUGAGGACGCUAAUCUCAUCCGAACGGCUGGAUUCGUCAUGGAAGCUAUCAACUUGUGGAUGGAUGCGAGACACGAUAGUUUGAAAGAAGACUAGUUAAUUCUGAGAAAAAAAUCAUAAACUGACAAUCGAAAAAGAGCGUAUGACUUUUGAAUUGAAAUUUAAUAUUUUGUACAUCACGAAACCAAAUUACUAUAAAAUAUCUAUUUAAUAUUGCUUUCGUGUUCGAUGCUAUUGCUCUAUUGCUCAACAAUGAGAAACUUCUAUUCCCCGACCGAUUUGAUUGUUGUUGCUCAUGUUGAAUUAUCAGUUGGAAAGUAAAAUUCCUUAGUUCGAAUAGUAUUCGAAAUCGAUACUUAAUCAACAAAGCAGACCCUGUAACCGAAUCUGUUAGUUUUCCGGAUUCUAGUUGAACUUUAAGAUGUUUCGCAGAAAAAUAUUUUGUUCGGUAGUGCAUCAUGCACCUGCCUUUUGAUGUACAGUUCCACUGCGUACGUCUCAAUGUCAAUCAAAACAGUAUAUAUGAUCCGAUCGA